UGACCAAGGGAACCAACCCAAUCCGCUCAGGCAGGUAUAGCACCUGCAUUAAGCAUGGCUAGGUAUCUGUUUGUAUCCAUCUGUCUAUUUGGGAAAUCUGGAGAAUGGGUGAAGGGGAUUUUAGCUAUAACCCUGCUAACCUGAUUAGUUGGGCAAUACACAUCCUGGGUACAAAUACCAGCUCCUCCCCACUGCUCUUUCUAUCCUCAAGCUUCAGACCUCACAUAUUAUUCGAAAUCAUCACUAUCAGUUUCUAAACAACUAUGAGCCCAAAACAUAUCGUCUUCAAGAAAAUAUCCAAGGACAAGUCGGUGGGUGUGUAUAUGGGGAAGAGAGACUUUGUUGACCAUGUUGACUCUGUGGAUCCAGUGGAUGGUGUCCUUCUCAUUGACCCUGAACAGCUUAAGGGGAAAAAAGCAUAUGUCACUUUAUCCUGCACAUUCAGAUAUGGAGGUGAUGACAUGGACGUGCUGGGCAUCGCAUUCAGACGAGAGAUCUACAUAUCCAUCCGGCAGAUCUACCCCCCACUGCAGGACAAAGAGCAGGGCAUUUUUACCAAGGUGCAGGAUAAAUUACUGCGUAAAUUGGGUGUCAAUGCCUACCCAUUUUUCUUUGAAUUCCCUGACAACUUACCCUGUUCAGUAGGACUACAGCCAGCCCCAAAAGAUGUUGGAAAGCACUGUGCUGUUGAGUUUGAGGUGAAAGCUUUCUGUGCUGAAAGCCAGGAUGCCAAAGUUCGCAAACGGAGCUCAGUACGUUUGAUGAUUCGUAAGGUCCAGUAUGCUCCAGAGAAUCUAGGACCAGCUCCCUGUGUGGAGACCACUCGUGACUUUCUCAUGUCUGAUAAACCAUUGCACAUGGAGGCAAGCUUACAGAAGCAGACUUACUAUCAUGGGGAACCCAUCAACGUAAGGGUCAAAAUUAGUAAUGACUCCAACAAAAAUGUGAGGAACAUCAUAAUUUCUGUGGAACAAAUUGCCAGUGUGGUGCUGUACUCCAAUGACAGUUAUAUGAAGGCAGUGGCCACAGAGGACUCUGGGGACUCUGUUGAUUCUGGUGCCAAACUGGAUAAAGUCUACACUUUGCUCCCCCUACUGGCCAAUAACAGAGAAAGGCUAGGCAUUGCACUAGAUGGAAAAUUGAAGCAUGAAGACACCAAUUUAGCCUCUUCAAGCAUCAUCAAAGAAGGUGUUCUGAAGGAAGUUUUGGGGAUCUUGGUGUCUUACAGAAUUGUUGUGAAGCUUAUUGUUGGAGGAAUUAUGGGAUCCAGUGAAGUUGGGGUGGAGCUCCCUUUCCAGCUUAUGCACCCGAAGCCUGACACAGUGAAAGAAAGUGAACUGGAGGAUGAAGUGGUUUUCGAGGAGUUUAAGCGCACCAACUUGAAGGGCAUGGCCGAGGAUGAAGAUGAGGGAAACGUAUCACCUGGCGAACACUGAGGAAUGCUUGUAGAAUUUAGCCAGUUCUUAAAGCAUCCCUCUAUACAGCAGGACUUAUUUAAGGAUGCCCAAAACAGACAAUUAUAUAUAGAGCAUUAUCACAAUAUUGCACUGCUUUGAACAAUUAUUAGCAGAUCAAGUUGUAAUUUGUAUUGAAUUCCAUAUUUCUCUGCAGACCAGCCAGACCAUGCUGUUACCAUUCUUCAGCUGCCUGACCUCCAUGAGAUUUUCUGGAGUUGUAACUGAAAUUAAUAGAGAGCUUUGUUUUCCUAUUUUAUGGUAGUGGGAGUGAUGCUCUUUUGAUACUGCUGUAUCAUUUUGGUGUAUAUCUUUAGAAAUUUGGAAGAAACUGCUGUGCUGGAGUUUGGUGACUACAGAAUAGUCCAUAAAAAGUAAAAGUAUAGUAAAAUCCUACCUGUGUUUUUAGUUGUAACAGUUUAUUUAGUUAUAAUGCAACAUUCUUUGUUGUAAUAAAACACUCAGAUAAAUGUAUUAUUACAAAAUACUGUAAUAUAAUAAAAAUCUGUACUGUCGCAGUAUGUUCAGUUUAUGAACACAUGAUAAGGAAGUUAAAUACUAUUUUACAAGCAGUACAAAGGUUUGGACAUAAGUUCUUGAUCUUUUGUUAAUUGAUAAAAUAACAGUAUUGAUACAGAUUCAGUUUCUGGAAGUGGAUCUGUUUUCCAAGUGCAUCCAUAUGAAUGUUUUUACAUUACAGACUUUUCAUAUACAUAUUUUUUAUAUUGUCCUAUACAGAUCAAAGUUAUUAAAUAGGUCAUUUUUAUAUAAAUCUCAAUAAUGAUAUGUAAUAUCACAAUUUCUCAAGUGAGAUUGAUUGUCAACUGAUUGUCCUAAAAGUUAGGAGAAUUAUAUAUCAUAUCAAAAAUAUCUUUAAUAUAUUCUCUACUUACAAUGAUUAAAGAUAAAUCUGUAAAUAUUUUAUUUAUAACAGUACUAACAAUAGUUAGCUUGCUUGCUGUUGCUCAUCAUGACACUUUUGUACUACUACUAGUGUUAGCUUUAAUCAACUGCAGCUGAGUAGCUAGCUAAUACACUAGAAAUUUGUUAAUAUUACUGUCUACCUUGCAGAUAAAGCACAUUGAGCAUUGGGCUUUAA